GGGGAAGGAGAAGGCAGUGCAGAGACGGCAGUGCAGCCACUGAAAGUUGUGCUGCAGACAGCGCAAUAGAGCUAUGAGCAGAACCGCAGAUUUGAAAAUGGACAGUGAUUCUCAGAGCAUAAAGUUCGAAGAGCCAACGCUGGAUUUGGGUCUUGACCCACAGAUGGCAGAGCAGAUACGAAGGCGACGGCCAACUCCGGCGAUCCUGAUGAUUCCCCAUCAGCAGUUCUCUGGCAUAUCAGAUGAAAAGACCACAGUCUGCCAGGUACAGCCUUCCAAAGUGUCCUCCCAUAAAGAAAAACGAAGGAGUUUCCCCAUAUCCGACACUAUGACAGAAAUCCGAGAAUCAGAACCUAGCGAUGAUGAACCAGACUCGGAAGGCUGUCGUGGGAAUCAGAGUGCAGAGUGUCCUCAUGGUGAAAAUUCCUUGAGCUUGCAAAGAAAACAAGAUGCUACUUGAACCUGCCUGAACCUUCGACAGAGAUCGACAGUUUUUUCUCAACUUCCGAAUCUUAUCAACAUGGCCUUUGUUCCCUAUCACCUGACAACUUGAUCCAUAAAUUUCCUGAAUGGUGAUUCACAGGACAAUGCAAUCAACAAUGUGUAUUAAUACUUUACUUUUCACGAGGAGUUAAUUCUUGAGUGGAACUACCACCGGAUGUGUUGUCCAUUUGUCAAGGAUAAUGCUCUGGGGUCACGUGUUCAAACUUGAAAUUUAACUUAAGUAAACCUUGAAGUUACAUGAAUAAAAUGUUAAUAAAAAUGAAUCUCAAUAAUAAUAAAUAUUACAUUCACUUUC